AUGAAGCUCUCGCGUAAUGAGAUCGAGCAACACAACAGCCGCCGCUCAUGCUGGGUGGCCAUCCAUGGCGCUGUCUACGAUGUGACUGGUACGUUGCGGAUGUUGGAUGGACGGACAACGCUGACAGAUUCACCAGAUUUUCUGGACUCACACCCAGGCGGUGCCCAGGUCAUCCUGCGUUGCGCGGGUAGGGAUGCCACCGGCGAUUUUGACUCUGUUCAUUCUCCCGAGUUGCUAGCUGAAGCUUUACCAGAGACAGCCUGGCGUGGUCAGAUCGACCCGGCUGAAUUGGCCGCACCCUACGGUCACUCUGAUUUCGCAAAUGGAGAGCAAAAGAGUGCAUCUGAUGUCCCGCCACCGCUGAGAAGUCUCCUCAACCUCCACGAUUUUGAGGAGGUCGCGCAGCGCCAUCUCUCUGCCAAUGCCUGGGCCUACUACUCAUCGGGCGCCGACGACGAGAUCAGCAAGCGACAGAAUGUCCGGGCCUACCAGAAAGUCGCGUUGCGGCCCCGAAUUCUUCGCAAUAUCUCCACAGUUGAUGCUACAGUGUCUAUCCUGGGCUAUCCUUCAUCUCUUCCAGUAUACAUGUCGCCUGUCGGCAUUGCCAAGUUGGCUCAUCCAGACGGCGAGUGUGCGCUGGCCGCAGCAGCCGGGAAAGAGGGAUUGGUCCAGGUGCUAGCCAACAGCUCGAGCAUACCAAUUGAGCGGGUUGUGCAGAGUUGCGUUUCUCCGGAGCAGCCCAUCUUCCAGCAAUUAUAUGUCAACCGGGAUAUCAGCAAGUCUGUGGAUCUCGUGCGGCGUGCCGAGGCAGCUGGGGCACGAGCCAUCUGGAUCACGGUUGAUUCACCAGUUGUGGGCAAGCGCGAAAUGGAUGAACGACUGAAUCUGACUGCGACGGUAUGGACCUGUUUCACAAUGAGCAAGGAAUAA